CCCGCUCACUCCCCGAUGACGCUGCUUACGGUUCGGCAACAAAGGUUGCAGAUGUUGAUCUUGCUUUAGCAGUCAAGAACAAGGCAAUAGAUAUUUCCCCUGAUCUAAAAGGAACUUCCAUAUUUCUUGUUGGGAUAAACGGUGCCAUGAAAACUAGUAUGGGGAAACUUCUGGCUGAUGCAUUGCGAUAUUACUACUUUGACAGUGAUAAUUUGGUUGAGGAAGCUGCAGGUGGUGGAUCUGCUGGCAAAUCUUUUAGAGAGAGAGAUAAGGAAGGAUUUUCUGAAUCGGAGACUGAAGUAUUGAAGCAGUUAUCAUCCAUGGGUCGCCUGGUUGUUUGUGCUGGAAAUGGUGCAGUUCAGAGCAUAACUAAUCUGGCAUUAUUAAGACACGGGCUUUCUAUAUGGAUUGAUGUCCCUCUAGACAUGAUAGCCAGGGAUGCCAUAGAAAAUGGGAGUCAACUUUCUGAAUCAGAAAUAUUUAGUUCUGGAUCUUAUUCUGAGCUUGCUGUUUUGUAUGAAGAGCUGAAAGGCAGAUACGCUACAGCGGAUACGACUGUUUCUCUUCACAAGGUGGCUUCCCAGUUAGGUCAUGAUGACUUGGAUGCUGUAACCAAAGAAGACAUGGCUAUGGAGGUUCUCAUGGAGAUAGAAAAAUUGGUUAGAGUAAAGAAGCUGAUGGAAGAGGCUGCUAGGCCAUUUUAGCUUCCGAGGGCCAUGCUUUCAUAUCUUGUAACGACUUUUGGGUUAGCACAUGCUAACUUGUUAUUGCUCCUGUAUAGGCAACGCAUAAGCUUUCGAAGUUUCGUCUUUGGAAUUGUUGUAACUUAAAGUAUGGAAUAUUAUGUUACCCAUGUCUUUAAAUGAAACAAAAGUCUUCUUUGCUUGGUUUACUACAAUGGAAGUUAGUUUUGGGAAAA